CAUCAACCAUGCGUAGAUAAAGUAUAGCAAAUAUCCAACCUCGUUCCAAUCCCUAGUCUGAUAGCCCUUUGGCCCUCUGAUCUGAGAUCAAAGGGGAGACGACCUGUUGUAAACAGGCCUGUUUCUGGGUGCUUGUCCCUCACCAUCUCACAAGCGAGAAAGCACUAGCAGGGGGGAGUGAUCCAUGUAUCAAAUCAGCACAUGGAAGACACGUCGAGGACAAUAUCUGCUUCACCUCCAUCUCCGGCCUCCGAUCGCGUCUUCACUUCUCCUACAUGUAUCAACAAAAGGACUCUUCCCUACUAUUCGAUUGAUCACGUUCCGGGCCGUCAUGAUCUUGCCCUUCGCGUCACAGAUGCACGUCCAACGCGCCUCCAGGACCCGCAUAGCUACAACGUCCGCAUCAUCGAUACAAGCACAACUGUCAAAGAUGACUUGACAUCCUGGCGCCCACCACUACGGAAGAAGCCCAGAUUGACCACCGCGACCUCCGACGUCAGCCCACAGAAACCUUCACUGCCGUACUCUGGCAUGCUGAAGCCCGUUGGCGUUCAGAAAACUUCAAGUGUCCCUUCCUUCAGCCUCUGUUCUCAAGACCUCGCCGACCCCAAUAACCGUCGACCCUCAUCAUCGGGUGCCAGUCAACCGACCACCCCCUUGCAGCGGACAAAUUCGAACCUCGUUCAGCGAUCAUCUUCUCAGAAGAAGCCGCCUGCGUCGCACAGCAGCUAUCCUGUCGAGACGAUCUGUGGCCCGCCACCUUCAUACAGUACUCAGCGAACGCGUUCGCAGGAUAAAAUACGAGUCACUGAUCGCAACCUCAGCCCACAGAGAACAAACACCACGACACGCGAGUCGACGUUACCUCAGAAGUCCAAUGAGCUGCGGCAAGAGCCUGGGUAUAUUGUCACACACGCCUCGCCGGUAAAGCAAGACGCUGCUGCUCCCUCCAGCACAGAGUCUUCGGCAGACGAGGCCAAUACACAAGAGGGAUCCAGCCCUGACACUCCCGUCACACCAGAUCUAUUCAAUUCAGUCUCAGCCCCCACCGAGCCUACAGCAAUGGCAGCUGAAUCUGCCCGGUAUACAGAACGGGACACAUCAGACCGGUUGAAGCCCAUCGCUACCGACGAAGACAGUAAAGGUUCGAGUAGUGACGAGAGAAAGAGCGAGGAUUUAUUUCUUAAUAUCGCCAAAACUGGCGCGUCCCGUGGAGGCCAGCUGUCUUCCCAGAUCGAUAAGAGGCGAUCUCGUAUCUCGUUACCUUUCUUUUCCAGCGCGCGGCCGGCUACGGGGUACAAGUCGUCACCGAUACAAGAUCGAUUCGAUACAGCAAGUGUUUCCGGUCGGUCGGAGGCUCUGAAUUACUACAACAAGCGGGCGUCCCUCGGACAGCAUGUGCCGGGAGCGUUGUCACGAGCAUAUACCGAAGACACACUCCGACCCGAAGCGCUUAGUGCUCGAGAAGAGAUUGGAAGCAUUCAAAAUGGUGACUUCCCUCGACGAAGCAUGUCCAGACGAUUCUCGAAUACGAACACAAAUGUGACUGGUGAGCCUGGUCGUCAUCUUCCGCGACCUAGUACUGCGCGCAAUAGUCGAUUGGCGUCCGAGUCUGGAUUCGUAGAUCGUCCAAGAAUGCCGGACCACAAUGCGACCGAGUCGACGAUAUCCACGACUGCGCCUUCAACCGUGUGGGACGAGCUGGACGACCUCAAGUCGAGGAUCCGGAAAUUGGAAUUGACCGGAAAACUUCCUCCAUCGUCCGCAGCCGCAAUGACGACUUCUGACAGACCAAAGACGGCCACAACUGCUGCGACGACUCUUUCUUCCUCACCAAAGCCCAAGGCUGCGGUGACUCAGCUACAGUCCGCAAUCGAAGGCAUACCGUCCACCAUCCAUCCCACCCUACAUGAGGCCCUGGGCAAUGCCAAAUCCGUGAUCAGUAAUGAGUUGUAUCAAAAACUGCAGGCCACUGCGCAAGACGCCUUACAGCUUUCCAUGAUGAUGACCCCAGAAGGAUAUACAGGCGCCGGUAGCACCAUUGGCGUCUCGUCGGUUUCCGAACGUCAAGUGCGUAGGCGAACGGAGAGCAUGUGCAGAAGUCUUACAGAAUUGGUCAUUGCACUUCUGGCAGACAACAAGCAAGUACCAACGUCAGCGACCCGACCGGCCAGUCGAGAUGCGUAUGCUCCCUCUUCUAUAGGUCUGCGUAGCCGUCGGUAUAGCAACGAGCUGAAUGAUCGCCCUCCAGUCGCGUCGAGAGUGCAGUCUCGGCUAGAAAGUCGACGAACCAGCAUUGCGCUCGGUGGCACGUUGAACCAACAAGGAAGCACCACUGAACAUGGCUAUCAGACGCCGCCUACAGCACUGCCGCAGAUCCAGACAACUUCAUCGUCGAGGCUUGCGCGAACGUCUGCAUCUUUGCGCAGCAGAAGAACACCUGGGCAGCUAGACGGAACCACUGAUGAUGAAGAAGGCAGUCCUUCUGUACGACCAGUCAGCCGAGCGAUGACGGAGGUGAGUACAUAUCGGCAAAUGGCCAAGGAUCGCGCCGCAUAUUCAAGGGAAUACACCGCUCAGCAUCCCAUGCCACAACAUGCGAGACCGUCACCGCAUGAGGCAAGCAAUGCCACGAGGAGUGCGAUGCCGGCCAACGUGAGCACCAAUCUGGUAUCAAGACGCAAAUAUGCAUCCCCGACGAGUAAUGUAAGCACGCCAGAAGCGAAUCGAAUGACGCCAAAGGAAGCAUGGGGUCGGAUAUCAAUCAUUCCCGCCGCCAUGUCAAGUCCCAUCGAGGUCACACCGGAAAGUCAGGGAGGGCUUCGUCCAUCGAACUCAAGAAGAAGCCUAGGGUUUGCCAGCAGGAUCAGCAGUGUUAGCAGUCGACUACGAGCAGUCAAAGCGGAACGCAAUGGAAGUGGGAAAGACAGCCCAGACACACCGCCACUUCGGGAUAUCGCACCAUCAGGGCAAGAAUUGGAUAAUAUGGCGUUAGAGAGACAGAGUUCAGGUCAGAGUGUUGGGUCGUAAUCACGACGUUUCUGUCAAGAUUUGUAUCAUAUUGUGUACCAAGAACCUUUUCCGUCGAGAGGGCAGUCCUUCUUGGUGAUCGGGUCAUUGUUGUCCUCCAAAAAGCGAUGUGAGGACCACCACUCGGUCUGAACCAGAAUUUUUAGUCGAG